AUGUCUCUUAUGUCCGUAAACGGCGAUAACAUGGACUUCCCUUUCGUCAGAGGGUCAAUCAAUGCAAGCGUAACGACCGUGAUCCCGGAGUCAUCAACGUUCAAGGUCAAAGAAGAGGAAGACAAAAGCGAACUUUCCGCCCCUACAACAGCUACAACAAACCGAGCUCGUGAAAAGACGCAGGCCAUGGAAGACGAAAACGGAUCUCCAGCAAAAAAGAACAGGACCGGAAAGAAGGCUGGCCCUUUAGGCCCGAUACCCAUGAGCUACGAGGAGGCCGGGCCAGAGGAUAGACUGAUUAUCAAGAUGAGAGAGAAGGAUGGAAAACAAUGGCUGGAUAUCAAAGCAGCUAUUGAGGAGAUUACCGGCAUAAAAUUUGGCAACACCACCUUGAAGGGCCGUUACGCGCGCAUGAAAGCCAACUUCGUUAUUUUUGAAAAGGAACAUGAGCCGAUUCUCCUGGGUGUCAAGAAAGAUAUCGAGGAUAUCCUAUCUCUACGAUCCAGGAAAAGUCCAAAGAACUUUGCGAAGAUGUCGAGUGGAAACGGCGUUGCGGUCACAGAUGAAGAGUAA